GGGCAGCACAUUCUCGGUGCGGGGAGGCGGCAGGUACGGAGAGGUCGAAACGACAACCCAAAGCCAAAAGUGGCCGCACUUUGGAGAUCCGCUGCGACUCACGAACGAUUUAAACGUGGAGUGCUGCGGAGGCUUUGCCAAUUUGGAUUACGGCAAGAUCGACAUUUCAAUAAUGGCCGAUAUUUUCAACUACUUCGAUUGGACAGACUUGAAGUUCAAUAUAGCUAUCUUGGCUGUUGCUUUCAACCCAUUAUUCUGGAAUAUUGUCGGGCGAUGGGAACACAGAACAAGAUUUCUCACUAAGUUGUUUGGUUCUCCUUUCACUGCAUGUUACUGUGUAGCAGUCAUAAUUCUCCUGCUGAACUUCUAUAGGAGUUACAGUUUUACUGAAGCAAUGAAGAUUCAACCUAAGAUUCAAGUCCUUGACAGUGCUGCAGCAUAUUAUAUAGGCCUUGGCCUGUUGCUAAUUGGUACUAUCCUUGUCCUGAGCAGCUUCUUUGCACUGGGAUUCAUCGGUACAUUUUUAGGAGACUAUUUUGGAGUUUUGAUGGAGGCCAAGAUAUUGUCUUUUCCUUUUAAUCUCAUGGAGAACCCUAUGUAUUGGGGGAGCACAUUAGUCUACUUGGGCUGGGCUGUCAUGAAUGCUAGUCCGACAGGACUGGUCCUCACUGCUUGGGUAGCAGCUGUGUACAAGGUUGCAAUUCUGGUUGAAAGCCCAUUCACAGAUGAAGUAUAUCGUCAAAAAGAAAAGGUUUUGAAAGAGAACUAAAUGGAUGGGACAUCUUGACAAGAUCUAAUUGGAUUCACUUGGAUCCCUCACUUUAUUCAGUUUGGAGCUACACUGAUUUAUGAAAGGUUUUCUAAUGUUUAAUAACUUUUAUUUAGUUAUAUUCUACUAAUGAAGGUCCAAUCAAAUAUAGUUAAUUAAAGUUCUGUUGCCAACAUUGAAGGGUGAUACUCUUCAAUGAUAACAAGAAUGCUAAAAUAUUUCAUUCAAUUCAAAGUAAUGAUGAUCUUAUUCGUAUUGCCAAUGGAUAGUGUCGAAUUGUUUCGCAUUACCUCAUUGUAAAUGUACAUAUAAAUGGCACUGCCCACUAUCAAUCUGCCAAGACCUGGAUAGGUUGUUAAACAUAAAAAUAUCAAAUUACGUCAUUCCAUUCAUUAAACUAAUACUAUCAAAGUAGAUCAUCCAAUCUUGCUAUGUCAGUGAUAAAUUUGCACAAGCAUUUCUUGCUGCUAGACUAAUGAUCUUGUUAAUUCCUUUGAGUGUAGUGUUACCUUCACACUUGAUAACAUAAUGGUAAUACAGUAAGAAUGAUUUUUAACAGUAUGUUUCUCUUUGACAGCUGACAAGAUUAGAAUCAUUCAUAGAAAUUGGAUUUGUCAUUUCUAUUAAUCUACCCAACAGACUUGCAGCAGAACAGUGCAAAUUGUUAUGAAUCCUUGCCGGGCACUGUAUAAAAGACUGGAUGACCUACUGAAUACUGUUAUUUUUAUAUUAGAACACAAUACCAAUCAAAAAUAUUGCACAGUUAGCGUUUCCAAUCAUUUUAUUUUGUGAACUCUUGCCUGUUAUUGAUUAUUGUGCAAACCUGCUGGAUCCAGAAAUGUUACAGUUUUGCAAAGAUGUACUUUGACAGAGCAUAAUUUGAACAAUAAUAUCUCAAAUGUGGAUCAAAAUGUAUUCUAUAUUAAUGGAUAAGAAAAAUAUGUAUUUUUAAAUACAAUAGAAUCUGUUCCCAGUGUCUUUGACUAACCCAUCAUUGUGAAAAUCAUUUUGUAGCCAUGUGGACUGAAGAGUUCCAAAUUCAAUUCCUGGCUUCUGCUGAUUUAGUUGAUACUAGUUGGAUUAUACUUGGUACCAGGGUCUCUCAGCAAAGGUGAGUAAAAUCACCUCAGGCUGUGGUUCCUGGUCGUGAUCAGUGAUCCUCUGAUGGAAUGGGUACAAUUACUGUUUUGAGAGACAGCCAGAUCUAAUGGCUUUUGCAGUCAAAUUGUCUGCUUAAAUGGAAUGUUUUGGCUUACAAGUGAAGAAUAUCUAUUUGAACAAAGUUAAAAAUCACAACACCAGGUUAUAGUCCAACAGGUUUAAUUGGAAGCACACUAGAUUUCGGAGCGAUGCUCCUUCAUCAGGUGAUAGUCCAUAUUUGAAUAAAGUAUUUGUAAGGGUCUUUACAAAAUGGGUAGAGGGAAAAACAUUUAAACAAAAAGGCUGAGAAAAGAAUACAUUUCUGCUGUGUAAUGUUGUAAAAUAGCUUUGGUGUACAAGCUUACAAUCUUGCUGUUAUUGGUGAAAAACGGAAAUUCUUUCCAGUACUAUUCCGUAAGAUUUAAAUGGUGGUUUGAUGGAGACCAGAUUAUUUAAGUCUCGCUGUACCCCUUUUGCUCUAAUUGAUAGCUGAAGUGGGCAGUGUCCUUUAAAUAUAUAUAGGCUGAGCCCCAGCUACGUGAUCAGAGUCUAGGGUUUAUUUUUACCAAAGGGCUGAGCAAAGUAUUUCUCCAGAAAACCGAACUUUUCAGAAUCCAGAUCCAGUGCCAAACGUGACCCUGGUGAGUCUACAUUUUUAAUGUUUUCCAAGUUUGGCAGUGAUUCAGCUGAAUCAGAAUUGAUCUUCCAAGCUGCACAGGGAAACUUGGCUUCUCCUACCUGAGGUUGACCCCACUACUCCUCACAAUCUCCUCCCUAAAUCUGCUGAUGCCCUUGCCAGUGCUCCAAUUUCCUCAUAGUGACAUUUGAGCUGCCUCAUUUUAACAGGGACCUCUAAGCAAUGUAAGGUAAUCAGAUUUUGAAACUAGGUUAUAGCCAAAAUGCCCAAAGGUAUGAAGAAGAUUUCUGUUUUCAGAAUAAGUAUGAGAUAUUCUCAGCAUAUUAGUAAUCAUAUGCCCCUUACGUCAUAUCAGUUCAUCAGCACAGCACAAAGUUUUAAAAUGAUUUCCAUCUUCCAAAAUCAUUUCUUGCUUUCUGGCCAUGCAACAGGCUGCUGGAGUGACGUGGGAAAGGAGUCUAACUUCCGUGCCCUGCUCUUUAAAAAUUGUGGAGGUCAGUGUGACCAGUCCAAAACGCCAUUGUUUUUUUGCAUCAGUCUCUGAUAUAUAAUUGCAGCUGAUUACAAGUUUUACCAUUUCGAGUUUGUUUUAUAUCUUUCCAUUUAUAGCCUUUUAAAUUGAGUAGUUAUUUUUUAUUUAGAAAGGAUAAGGAUAAUUUGUCCUAGAAUAAUUGUUGUCCUACAUUUUAUGUGGAACAUUUAUUUCACAUGUUGAGUCCAACCCCUCCUCUGUCACUCUUCAGUGUCGUACAGGACAGCAAUGCUAAAUAACAGUAGAUACUACCACUUCAGCUAUCUAUCAUUUGCAAACACAAAUCAAACCAAAGGGCAAAUGUGAAAACCAAAAAAACUGCAAAUGCUGGAAAUCAGAAGCAAAACAGAAAUUGCUAGGAAAGCUCAGCGGGUCUGACAGCAUCUGUGGAGAAAAAUCGGAGUUAACAUUUUGGGACAAGUGACCCUUCCUCAGAACAAAGAACAAAUGUUCUAUCUCCUGUAAAUUUUCGGUUAUUGUUACCACAUUAGAUAAAUAUAUUGGAGAGAACUUGCUGUAAUUUGGAUAAUCUGAAAUCUUCUCCUCCAUUCAUGUGAUCUGUUUGAGGAGGAAACCUGAAAGAAACCACACUUGGCCCUGAGUGACCACCAAUUGAACUCUGAAAGCAAAGAAAUAAUUACAGACUACUAAAUAUGUUACAAAAGCAGAUUUUCUGUGCAAUUAUGAAUUUGAAAUUGAUGUAUAGUAAAACCUUUCCUGCUGUGUUCUUUA